AUGGAGCGUCUCAGGGAUCCUGCAGCACUCCCUUUAAAGUCGGCUCCGACACUGGUCUCUCCAGGUUCCUUUCUCUUCAAUCCAAAUUCCGCUCAGCCUUCGGUGGUUCACACGUCCCGACCUUCACCGCGUCGCAAUAUGGACAAAUCUCAGCAACCCAGUUCCUUCCAGCAGUUGGAAAAGCUCGGAGAAGGCACCUAUGCCACGGUCUUCAAAGGCCGCAAUCGCCAAACGGGCGAGAUGGUCGCGCUCAAGGAGAUCCACCUGGACUCGGAAGAAGGCACUCCGUCGACGGCCAUCCGCGAGAUUUCCUUGAUGAAGGAACUCAAGCAUGAGAGCAUCGUCUCGCUGUACGAUGUCAUUCACACCGAAAACAAGCUGAUGCUCGUCUUCGAGUUCAUGGACCGGGAUCUGAAGCGGUACAUGGACACGCGAGGCGAUCGGGGCCAACUGGAUCCCGCCACCAUCAAGUCGUUUAUGCACCAGCUGCUCAAGGGGAUCGCUUUUUGCCACGAGAACCGCGUCUUGCACCGGGAUCUGAAGCCUCAGAACCUCCUGAUCAACAAAAAAGGACAGCUGAAGCUGGGUGAUUUCGGUCUCGCGCGUGCAUUCGGUAUCCCGGUCAACACCUUCUCCAACGAAGUCGUCACCCUGUGGUACCGCGCCCCGGACGUCCUCCUUGGCUCGCGCACCUACAAUACCAGCAUUGACAUUUGGUCUGCCGGCUGUAUCAUGGCGGAGAUGUAUACCGGUCGGCCUCUCUUCCCGGGUACGACCAACGAGGAUCAGCUGGUCAAGAUCUUCCGACUCAUGGGUACUCCUUCGGAGCGGUCCUGGCCGGGAAUCUCUCAACUUCCCGAGUACAAGCCCACCUUCCAUGUCUAUGCCACCCAGGAUCUGGGGGUACUUCUCCCCCAGAUCGAUCCUCUCGGUCUGGACUUGUUGAACCGCAUGCUUCAGCUUCGCCCUGAGAUGCGUAUCAGCGCCGCCGAUGCUCUGCAGCAUCCCUGGUUCCAUGACCUGCCCCAGGUCCAGGCUCAGUUGCAGCAACAACAACAACAACAGCAGCAGCAGCAGCAGCAGAUGGCGGGUGGAUAUGGUGGCAUGGUUCCUCCCCAAUCGGCAUAUUAG